AUGGGCAGCAUCAAGGACAAACUGACGCCAGUGGAUCUCUCCCACCACAUCAACAUCAAGAGCAAGUCUCGCCAUCCAUCGCCGCUCAAGGACAUUAUUAAGUUUAUGGGCUAUGAUGGCAUGAUCAGCUUAGCUGGAGGUCUUCCUCACCCUUCUCUGUUCCCCCUUGAGCAGGCCAAAUUUGAGUGCCUCGCUCCUCCCACGGCGCCGUCCCAAAAGACGGCGGAGGACGGGCUUGUGAGCCUCAACCUUGGUCGCGGAUCGUCACCAGGAGAUCUGGACCUCACCCAGUUUUUACAAUACGGAUCUGGCGCUGGUAACCGGCAGAUGAUCCAGCUUGCGACAGAGCUCACCGAGAGAGUGCACGCUCCGCCCUGCGAGUAUGAGUGUCUCUUGCACCCGGGAAACACAAACGCAUGGGCAAAGGUAGUUGGUCUGCUCUGCGAGGACAACGACUAUGUUAUCGUCGAGGAGUACACAUAUCCUUCGGCACAGGCGCUCUGGAUCCCUCUUGGGAUCAAGGCGGCUCCUGUGGCGGCCGACGCAGAAGGUAUCCUAGCGACCAGUUUGCGGGAUCUGCUCGAGAACUGGGACGAAAAGGCUAGGGGCAGGGGGCGGCCCAAGCUGUUGUACCUUGUCUCAGUUGGGUCAAAUCCUACUGGUAUAACAAUUUCAGCACGCCGGCGCAAGGAAAUCUACGCCGUUUGUGUUGAGUUUGAUUUGAUCAUUGUUGAAGAUGACCCGUACUACUUCCUACAGUUCCCGAGAUAUUCGCCUCAAAAGGAAGACAAGCCCUUCCAGCCGGUUCCCACAGAAGACUUCCUCAAGUCACUAACCCCGUCCUUCCUUUCUAUGGACACACAGGGCCGCGUCGUCCGCCUCGAGUCCUUCUCCAAGACGCUAUUCCCCGGUCUGCGGCUCGGCUACUUUGUCGCCAACCCCGUCUUCACAGAGCGACUCCUCCGCGUCACGGAGGUCGAGACCCAGGAUCCCGCAGGCCUCAGCCAGGCCUUUACGAUCGCUCUUUUCAUGCAGUGGGGGAUUGACGGGUACCUAUCGUGGCUGCAGAAUCUGCAGUAUCGGUACGAGACAAGGCGCAACUGGCUUCUCUCGGCCUUUUACGACCAGUUCACCGUCGUCCCAGCCGCCGAGUCGCCGGUACCUACCGCCCAGGGCUAUGUCGCCUGCCUCCAGGGGAAGAACGGCGAGCUACGGCCCGUCUUUAGCUAUGUAGACCCCGGGGCCGGCAUGUUUGUCUGGUCUAAGUUCUACUUCAACAGUGUCCCUCGCUUCGCUGAGCUCGAGGGCCAGUCGCUUGAGGAUCCGGAGCAGGCCUUUGCACAGGAGCUCUGGGAGGCCUUGGCUGCGGGGCUUGUGCUAUUGACUCCGGGAUCAUACUACCACGCCUGGCAGGGCGCUGAUAAGGUUUCGACCAAGGCUCGAGGAGCAGAUCCGAGGUCCGCCUACUUUCGAUUCUCGUUUGCAACUCCCACUAAAGAGCAGAUCCACGAGGGCGUAAAGCGUCUCAGGAAAGUAGUGGACCAGUUCUGGGGGGAGACAAUAUGA